UGUGAAGUAUUUUCACUGGAAAGGAUUCAAAACUUAAAAAAAAAAAAAAAAAAAAAACUGGAGCACACAGGCAGCAUUACGCCAUUCUUCCUUCUUGGAAAAAUCCCUCAGCCUUAUACAAGCCUCCUUCAAGCCCUCAGUCAGUUGUGCAGGAGAAAGGGGGCGGUCGGCUUUCUCCUUUCAAGAACGAGUUAUUUUCAGCUGCUGACUGGAGACGGUGCACGUCUGGAUACGAGAGCAUUUCCACUAUGGGAUUGGAUACAAACACACACCCGGCAGACUUAAAGAGUCUCAGACUGAGGAGAAAGCCUUUCCUUCUGCUGCUACUGCUGCUGCCGCUGCUUUUGAGGGUCCACUCCUUUCAUGGUUUUUCCUGCCAAACCAGAGGCACCUUCGCUCCUGCCGCCGUUCUCUUUGGUGUCAUUCAGCGGCUGGCCAGAGGAUGAGACUCCCCAAACUCCUCACUUUCUUGCUUUGGCACCUGGCUUGGCUGGACCUGGAAUUCAUCUGCACUGUGUUGGGUGCCCCUGACUUGGGCCAGAGACCCCAGGGGGCCAGGCCAGGAUUGGCCAAAGCAGAAGCCAAGGAGAGGCCCCCUCUGGCCCGGAGCAUCUUUAGGCCAGGGGGUCACAGCUAUGGUGGGGGGGCCACCAAUGCCAGGGCAAAGGGGGGCACCGGGCAGACAGCAGGCCUGACACAGCCCAAGAAGGAUGAACCCAAAAAGCUGCCCCCCAGAUCGGGUGGCCCUGAACCCAAGCCAGGACACCCUUCCCAGACAAGGCAGGCUGCAACGCGGACUGUGACCCCAAAAGGACAGCUUCCUGGGGGUAAGUCACCCCCAAAGGCAGGAUCUGUCCCCAGCCCCUUCCUGCUGAAGAAGGCCAGGGAGACUGGGCCCCCUCAAGAGCCCAAGGAGCCGUUCCGCCCGCCCCCCAUCACACCCCACGAGUACAUGCUCUCGCUGUACAGGACGCUGUCCGAUGCUGACAGAAAGGGAGGCAACAGCAGCGUGAAGUUGGAGGCUGGCCUGGCCAACACCAUCACCAGCUUUAUUGACAAAGGGCAAGAUGACCGAGGUCCUGUGGUCAGAAAGCAGAGGUACGUGUUUGACAUUAGUGCCCUGGAGAAGGAUGGGCUGCUAGGGGCCGAGCUGCGGAUCUUGCGGAAGAAGCCCUCAGACGCGGCCAAGCCAGUGGCCCCCGGCAUCAGGCGGGCUGCCCAGCUGAAGCUGUCCAGCUGCCCCAGCGGCCGGCAGCCGGCAGCCUUGCUGGAUGUGCGCUCCGUGCCAGGCCUGGACGGAUCUGGCUGGGAGGUGUUCGACAUCUGGAAGCUCUUCCGAAACUUUAAGAACUCAGCCCAGCUGUGCCUGGAGCUGGAGGCCUGGGAACGGGGCCGGGCCAUGGACCUCCGUGGCCUGGGCUUUGACCGGGCUGCCAGGCAGGUCCACGAGAAGGCCCUGUUCCUGGUAUUUGGCCGCACCAAGAAACGGGACCUGUUCUUUAACGAGAUUAAGGCCCGAUCCGGCCAGGAUGAUAAGACUGUGUAUGAGUACCUGUUCAGCCAGCGGCGAAAAAGGCGGGCCCCACUGGCCACCGGCCAGGGCAAACGGCCCAGCAAGAACCCCAAGGCCCGCUGCAGUCGGAAGGCACUGCAUGUCAACUUCAAGGACAUGGGCUGGGAUGACUGGAUCAUCGCGCCCCUUGAGUAUGAGGCCUUCCACUGUGAAGGGCUAUGUGAGUUCCCCUUGCGCUCCCAUCUGGAGCCCACGAACCAUGCCGUCAUCCAGACCCUGAUGAACUCCAUGGACCCUGAGUCCACGCCACCGACCUGCUGUGUGCCCACACGACUGAGUCCCAUCAGCAUCCUCUUCAUUGACUCUGCCAACAACGUGGUCUAUAAGCAGUAUGAGGACAUGGUUGUGGAGUCUUGUGGCUGCAGGUAGCAGCACUAGCCUUCUGUCUUCCUGGCUGGCACAUCCAGGAUGCUGGUCACAAGAGCCCCUCCCUGCACUCCCAGAAUCAGAGAAGUCGGGAAAAUACAGCCAGGACGUCUACACAGCCUGCACGAAAGGGGAUUCCAACAGCCUUGCUCUUACUCUCUGAGUGGGACUGGGUUAGAGAUUCCUUUCUAGCCACAAGUCCCCUUGUCUGAGGAUUUCUGCCCUUCUGCUGCUCUGACUGCCGGGACAGACCCAGGGAGACAGACUGAAUGGGACUGAGACCCAGGAGAUGUUGUUUUCCCCUGAGACCCAGCCCACAACUUCUCCUUACUUGGGCCUUGUUGGCUUCUGGACUCUCCAGGGAGGGCUCCUCUUGGGAAAGCCACACCUGCCAUCCCCACCUUGAAUCACCAUUGUGCCUGGUGACUUUCUGCCCCUGGGGCAGAUGAGAUGCUGAUUGGGCAGGGGUGGGCAAGACGGGAGAGGGCUCGGGCAGGGGUGAGGAGUGUGAGGCUGUUAGACUGUUAGAUUAAAAUGUACAUUGAUGAGAUAAAAAGCAAAACUGUUACUAAAACGGUGGCAAAUUUCUUGUUUACUCCAGGGGACCCAGUGACCUCCUCAAAGCAUGACUGACCCACGGAGGGGAGGUGGGUUGCCUGAAGCAAAUCAGGACAGACAGUACAAGCUGAGUAGGGCCAAUGCUACCUCACCCCACUCCCGUUCCUUCCAAAGGCCUUUUGGUCUGGAUCUCCAUCUGCUUCUCCGGGGUCUGGCAACAGACUUAGGUUUUCUUUUUGACAUUCCUCAAUCAAGCUUAUUGUCUCCUAAAUGGAACCCUACAUGGGAGGGAAAUUGGGGGUUUCAUUUCCUCUAAAAUCAUCCCCACCUCAUUCACUCCCUGCCCCCCUCCCCAUAUACUCACAGAAUCCACUGGCCACCAUUUAGAGGGCCCUCUACCUUUCCGUGGGGAACCUGGGCUGCCAGAGAUCUCCUCCCCUGUUGAGGCAUCUUCUUUUUGCCACUGACCACUGUUUCUUGAAUGAUCUUCUGUAGCUCCACUACCCUUCAGCUUAGCACCUUUAUCACUCCUCCCCGCUCAUCCAUCACUUACUACCCAUCACCCCAGCUCCAGAAACAGAGCUGGAGUCCUUCCCCUUUACAUUUUAUAUUAUACAAGUACAUAAUUAUACAUUUGAUAAGCAACCUUCCCACUAACCUUAGGCAGACCAAUGCCAGACACAUCCUGACGUUUCCUGCUUGGGGCUUGGCCCAGAGUAAAUGCCCACUUCUCUGUAUCCACUAGAAUUCUUAGUUGGGGGCACGAGGCAUGAAUGCUUGGGAGGGGAACACAGCCCUCUGGUAGGGGAAUUUGGGCACCUAAGUCCUCUUUCUAAGGGCUUAGGACCAGGCUCUGCCUGGCCAAAGAGAGGGAAGACUAAGAGAAGGGAGUCUAGGCCUCCCCUUCCCACCCAGGGGGCCCCAACAUUUUCCCCAACUCUCUCCAGCUGGGUCUUUGAUUCCCAGGGCUCCUAGCCAAAGCUGUUUCAACAGUAAGGAUUCCUGCCCAGCUAUGGGCAGAUCUUGUGUCCCUUCCCUC